GCCGCGAAAGAUCAACCGUGCAGAUGACCUCAUCUGGCUUGACCGGUUACUAAGUUAAAAUUAUGUAGGUACUAGUAUAUGGAUAUACCUACCGGCUUGUACAAGGAGCUAAUUUAUUUAAUCUUCUUCCUGUAGUGAAUAGCUGCCGAAUACCAGCAAGUAAUUAUAAAUUACUGUGACCAGUCAAGUGAAGAGUGGAAAUGCCGACGAUAUGGCUUACAGUUAUAACGUUGACUUCUUUAUAUGUCGUGGAAGGAUAUUCUCAGUGUUUAACCGCUGACAGCAAAAGCGGUGAAUGCAGGAGUAUAGUAGAAUGCCCAGAGCUUAGGAGAAUAGUAAACAAGACGGAAUUGACUCCCUACGAUUCCGACUUUCUGAAGAGAUCAGGGUGUGGCUUCGCAGACGGCCUUCCUAAGGUGUGCUGCCCAACUACCAACACCUGCCUUACACCGGAGGGCAGCAUAGGACAAUGUAUAAAUGUGUUCGAUUGUCAGCAUAUAGCGAAGAGAUUGCAAUCUCCAAAUGUUUCGGAUAAGGAUAAAGCUUAUGUUAACAGUAUAAGAUGUCACAGCCCCACAGGUUUCUACGUGUGCUGUGCGCCUGAGUCGGAGCCCGGUCUUUGCGUGCCUUCCGCGGCGCCCCCCAACCCUAGCAGCGAGUGCUGUGGGGUUGACGGGAGCAGCGGGAACAAGCUAGCUGGUGGAAACGCAACAUCCAUCGAACAAUACCCGUGGUUAGCGAUUAUAGAAAAUAAAAGGAGUGACAUAACGAGGGUAGUUUGUGGCGGCGCGCUCAUUUCCGGCCGCUAUGUGCUGACGGCGGGCCACUGUGUGAGGGGCUUGGCUUCUAACGCUGGGACACCAGCAACCGUGCGCCUGGGCGAAUACGAUAUUUCAAACCCCGGUGCGGACUGCGUGCCCGUCGAAGGGGGGGACGGUAUGGACUGCAACGAAGAACCAGUAGUCAUCCCUAUCGAACGGGUCAUACCCCAUCCAGACUUCGACCCGACCAAUCGAUUAAGGAGGAACGACAUCGCUCUGCUGAGAUUGUCGAGACUUGCGCCUUAUACAGAUUUCAUCAGGCCCAUCUGCCUCCCAACGAGCGAUUUGACCGCCCAGUUUCCGUCCUCCGAGAGGCUAUUCGCGGCAGGCUGGGGGCCUAACAAUGAAACGCAUUCAAACAGUGACGUCAAGCUACACGUAGACUUGCCUUACAAGAGUAUUGAGUCCUGUCAACCAGCUUACGACAUGCCAAAACGCCGCAUCACCUUGUGGGAGAACCACAUAUGCGCCGGAGGCGAAAAGGGCAGGGAUACGUGCAAAGGGGACUCUGGAGGCCCUCUAAUGUACGCCAAGACGGACGUGUUCGAGGUAGUGGGCAUCGUCAGUUUCGGCCCCGAUCCGUGCGGGCUCGUGAACGUGCCCGGAGUGUACACUAAGGUGUUCGCGUACUUGCCGUGGAUUAGGAGCAAUAUUCACCCUUGAUUUAACAAUAUAUUCUAGAUGUGUAUAUCAAAAAAAUGUAAUAAGUAAACUAAGUAGCCUUUCCGAACCAUUUUGUAAAAAAUCCAAUUUAAAAAAAUAAAUAUUAUUUACUUAUCGAAAUUCAUAAGAAUUUGUUGAGAAAUGUAGAGAGGAACAGCCGGUCAGCCGAAGAGAUAUUCAAAAGCAUUUUUCCCCAAGUUGAAACGUAGACGCUUUGCGCUCACUCGGUCAAUUAGAAAAUAAACAUAAAAUCCUAAA